ACACAUGAUACAUACACACAUAUAUCUAUAUUAUAUAUAUAUAUAUAUAUUCACCCUCUCCCACAUAUACAUACAAAUAUAUAUAUUUACAUAGAGAGGGGGGGGGGGGGGCUAAGAGAGGGGCCCAUACAGCCUAAAUCUAUGGCUGACCUACUUUUAAAAUGAGGGCAAAAGAUAAAAGGAUAGAAGACGAAGAAAGAGUAAUCAAAAUAAGAAAGAGAGAGAGAGAGAUGAAAUAUUCUGUUUAGAGAGAGAGAGAGAGAGAGGAGAGUAGGUUUGAAAGUAUUAGGGUUUUCUCGUUUUUGGUGUUUUGUUAGUGAUAAAAACACAACAAUUUAGUUGUUAGCAUACUCUACCAGUUCGGUCUUUCUGUCGUAACAACAGUCUCUCUUUAGAUUAUUGUGGUUUUUUUGUUUGAUUCAGCUUCUUCUUUCAGCUAUCUUGUGUUUAAAAGUAAAUUGUUUCUUACUUCUUUUUUGGCACAAUCCUACUUAUACUUCUUGUUUGAAUACAUAAAACCAAAUCAUCCUUUCCUGUAUUGUUUACUUUGUUUUUGUUUGCUAGUUUUGUUUUCAAAACCUUGUUGUUUGUAUUUCCAAGUGCUUGCUUGCUAAACUACAACCAAAGCUUUCAAUCUUAAUCCUAGCUAGCUAAAAAGGCAACAACAACAACAACUUUUGAUCAGAUAUUAUGAUGUCUGGUGAGAUGUUUCCUAUUCCUCUUCAAGAUCAUCUUCAUCGUCACCAACCACCACCACCACCUCCUCAUGAAUCAAACCCUAACUCUAAACCUAUCUCCAAUCUCAAGAAGAAAAGAAACUUACCAGGAACUCCAGAUCCGGAUGCUGAAGUUAUGGCACUUUCACCAAAAUCACUAAUGGCAACAAACCGAUUUGUAUGCGAAAUCUGCAACAAAGGCUUCCAACGAGACCAAAACCUACAACUUCAUCGGAGAGGUCACAAUCUGCCAUGGAAGCUGAAGCAAAGGAACAACAAAGAGCCCAUAAAAAAGAAAGUCUACAUUUGUCCCGAAAAAACUUGCGUCCACCACGAUCCGUCUCGCGCACUCGGAGAUCUCACCGGAAUUAAGAAACAUUUUAGCCGGAAGCAUGGUGAGAAGAAAUGGAAGUGUGAAAAAUGUUCCAAGAAGUAUGCAGUUCAAUCUGACUGGAAAGCUCAUUCCAAGACUUGUGGUACUAGAGAGUACAAGUGUGACUGUGGCACACUUUUCUCCAGGAAAGAUAGUUUCAUAACUCAUCGGGCGUUUUGUGACGCAUUGGCCGAAGAAAGCGUGAGGCUUAGUUCGGUGACACCCAACGGUCUGGGCUUGAAAAACGAAGGUAUGAACGAAUCCGUGAUGAACCCUAAUUUCCCUCAUGGGUUUUCAGGCUUAACGCAAUUCGGGUCAGGUUUUGGGCAUGAUUUUGGGGAUCAAAACAAGCCAAGAUUAUCACUUUGGUUAGACCAAGCAAAUUCCCAGGUCAAUCUUUCUCCAAUGGAUCAAAUGACUAUGAAUUCGAAUCUCUACAUGUCAUCGAGCUCCUCGGGUUUAGCCGAUAUGGUUAAUGGUUAUGGCUCAUCUUCAAUGGCAAAUUAUACAAACUCAAACCAAGUGCCAAGUUUAUCAUUAACACCAUUGGCAGAAGGUUUAAAAGAGGAAACCCUAGCUUCUUUAUACUCAAUGAACCAAGCCCAUCAAACCGAAUCCACGGGUCCAAUGUCCGCGACCGCACUUCUCCAGAAAGCAGCUCAAAUGGGAUCGACCCGGAGCAGCCCCUCGGUCUUUGGAACAAGUUUUGGGCUCAUGAACUCCUCCACUACAUCAAACAUUGGAGUCAGCUUGGUGAACAACAACAUCACCUCUCUUCCUCAACUACAAGUCUCGAGUGCAAUGAACAACAAUUCAUCGAAUUCAAGUCCUCAAGCGAGCAAUCUCGACCACCAACAAAUGAUCAUGUCAAGAAACGAAACAAUGGCGCCAUUGAAGAUGAUGAAUCGGAGCUUCAAUGGAGUUGACAAUGGAUUAACAAGAGACUUCUUGGGCAUGGGAGGAGAAGGUGGCCGGCCAUUGUUGCCACAAGAUCUAAUGAAGUUUGCAUCUUAUGGUUCUAACAUGGGAUCAAUGAGGCAAUUUGCUAGUAAUAACUAGAUGCCUAAAUUUGUUGCUUAGUUAUUUGCAUGUGUUCUCAUCAUGUGUGUUUAAUGUAGCAUAAUAACAAUGUAUUUAUAGACUUGAUUUUGUCAAUGGUUGCACUUUCAUUUAAACACAAAAUGGUUAUUUUGUU